AUGGCAGCUGGCAAGGCCAUGGGCGCGACGGCGAGUCGUUCGGCGUCUUCGGCUGUCAUUGCGUCGGCGGACAUCUAUACUUCGGAUGGAGUGCUUCAUCGUGCUGCUGUGCCUUCGGGUGCUUCGACGGGUGUGCAUGAGGCUCUGGAGCUGCGUGACGGUGGCUCGCGUUAUGCUGGCAAGGGCGUUCUCACCGCUGUGGCCAACGUCAAGGAUGUGGGAACUCAGCUGAUUGGUGCUGAUCCCGUUGAUCAGGCCAACAUUGACGAGGUGCUCAUAACUGCAGACGGAACUGAGAACAAGGGCAAGCUUGGUGCUAAUGCCAUCCUUGCUGUCUCCAUGGCUGCUGCAAAGGCUGGUGCCUGGGUCGCCCAGGUCCCGCUCUACGCUCAUCUGGCCAACCUUGCCGGCCGCUCCACCGAGGCCUACACCAUGCCUGUUCCGCUGCUCAACGUCAUCAACGGCGGCGAGCACGCUGGCAACGGUCUCGCCAUGCAGGAGUUCAUGCUCGUCCCGCGGUCGGCCGACUCGUUUGCCGACGCCCUCCGCAUGGGCGCCGAGGUCUACCACGUUCUCAAGGGCCUCAUCAAGGAGGCCUACGGGCCCGAUGGCGUGGCGGUCGGUGACGAGGGCGGCUUUGCGCCGGCCAUCGACAGCAACACGGCCGCGCUUGACCUCCUUGUCGCCGCCAUCGACAAGGCCGGCUACGCCGACUCGAUGGGCCUCGCCAUGGACGUUGCCGCCUCCGAGUUCUUUGACCCCGACGCCGGGACCUACGACCUCGGGUUCAAGACCCAGCCCAACGACGGCUCGCGAGUGCUCUCGGGCGGUCAGCUGAGCGACCUCUACGCCGAGUACGCCGCCAAGUAUCCCAUCGACGAUUUUGCCAACACCAAGGCGCUCACCGCCAAGCUCGGCGACUCGGUCCAGAUUGUUGGCGACGACUUGCUCGUCACCAACCCGGCCCGCAUCGCCACCGCCGUCGCAGACUCGGCAUGCAACGGCCUGCUUCUCAAGGUCAACCAGAUCGGUUCCGUUACCGAGGCCCUCGAGGCCGCUCGCGUCGCCCGCGAGGCCGGCUGGGGCGUUAUGGUCUCUCACCGCUCCGGCGAGACCGAGGACACCUUUAUUGCCGACCUCGCCGUCGGCCUCGGCUGCGGCCAGAUCAAGACCGGCGCUCCGGCACGCUCUGAGCGCCUCGCAAAGUACAACCAGCUUCUCCGUAUCGAGGAGGAGCUCGCCGCCGCCGCCGCCUACCCCGGCUGGACCCGCAACUAA